UGCCUGUUUUCUUUCAGUUUAUUCAACAGAAUCUUCCAAAGCGAUGUUAUCAAGAUGAAGCCUUCCAAAGAAUUCGUCCAUCUUGGAAUCUGCAUUUUAAAGGAACACAAUUAAACCUCAAUGCCAUUUUCUCACAUGCCUAAAUUUGUUUGAAUUUUGAUGAAAUUCAAGGACAAUGAACUCGUUUUGUUUCUUGUUUUUUUUCACUCAGAACAGUGAAAUCCUAUUUUCUUCAUUUUGUUCAAUGGGAAAAACCUGAGCUUUAGGGUUUUUUAAAAUUCUCCCCACCGCGAUCCAAAUUCAGUAAGUAUCAUGUGCCUCUAAGAUAUUGCCAUAUUUGUUUCAGUAGGUCCCUAAUAUGGUUAGUCUGAUUUUUUCUUCUUCUAAAAUUUUGUUAUCAUCAACUGAUUACAUAAAGAUUUUAGAUGGCUGGGAAAAAUUGACUUCCAUCCAUUUAACCCUUCUACCUGACUGCUGUAAAUGGCUCCUUAAACCAAUAUUUUAAUUGUACUAAUAUGAGUCAUUGCAUUCAUUGUUGCAUAACAUUGUUACCAAAUGACUUGCACAAACAAUGUUUCAGGUGUUGGAGUCCAAGUCACAGUAGCCAAAAAUAUCCUCUAUGCCGAGAGAGUAAAGUACUGUUGCACGUGGAUAGCAAACAGAUGAACUUGCUUGCAGUUUUGGAAGUAAGGACUGAUCACAAUGAAAGCUGGACUGGACUGUUUUGUCUGAAGAAAGGGAAGUUAUGCAGCUUAAUGUUUGGGUUAUUGAUAAUGAUGCUUGUGAUGGCAUCAUAUGUACUGACUGGAGCUAAACAUGGCCUCCUGCUGAUGCAGCCAGCACUCCAUUAUGGUACUUUUACCAGCAAUUCAAACGUAAUGGACAAUGAGAGCAUCUGUGACAUGAACGACCAUUACCAAACAUCUAAAAUGAAUAUUUCAUAUGCAAAGGAUUAUCCAAGCAUUAAAGCAGUUAUUGACACCAUUACUGAAAACAUAGAGUUUGUAACCAGACAUCUUCCAGAUAUAGAAGAGCUGAAGAAACAAGAAAUGCAUAUGUUCUCAGUAAUUCCUAACAAGUUUCUUCCAAACAGCAAGAAUCCUUGUUGGUAUGAAGAAUACAAAGGAAACACUACCAGAAAUCCUUACGCUACAAAUUCUUAUGCGUUGUAUUCCAAACGUUUUCGAACAAUAUUUGAUUACCUCCGAAAGGUAUUCUGGAAUCAUUUGUAUCAUUACAAAGACAAGCACUAUCGACUGCGCUGUCUUCCACAUUUUUACAUCAUAGGACAGCCAAAGUGUGGAACAACAGACCUUUAUGACAGACUCAGGUUACAUCCUGAUGUGAGAUUCUCAGCAAUUAAAGAGCCUCAUUGGUGGACAAGGAAACGGUUUGGAAUAAUUCGUCUGAGAGAUGGAUUUCAUGACCGCUACCCAGUGGAAGAUUACCUGGAUUUGUUUGACUUGGCUGCCCAUCAGAUUCAGAAUGUGCUGCAAGAAGACACUGAAAAAGGCUUUAACAAAUUGAACAACAUCAUCAUUGGAGAGGCAAGUGCUUCAACCAUGUGGGACAAUAAUGCUUGGAUUUUCUUCUAUGACAAUAGUACAGAUGGAGAGCCACCAUUUUUAAUUCAGGACUUUAUCCAUGCCUUCCAGCCAAAUGCAAAGCUGAUUGUUAUGCUCAGAGAUCCUGUUGAAAGAUUGUAUUCUGAUUAUCUCUACUUUGCAAGUGCUAACAAGUCUGUAGAAGACUUCCAUGAAAAAGUGACCGAGUCACUGCAGCUGUUUGAUGGAUGUCUUGCAGACUACUCCUUGAGAGCUUGUGUGUACAACAACACCCUUAACAAUGCCAUGCCAGUAAGGCUCCAGGUUGGUUUGUAUGUUGUUUUUCUUCUGGACUGGCUGACAGUUUUUAAUAAAGAUCAAAUACUGGUUCUCCGCUUGGAAGAUCAUGCAUCCAAUGUUAAGUUUACUAUGCACAUGGUCUUCCAGUUCCUGGAUUUAGGUGCCCUAACAGAAAAACAAGAAGCUCUAAUUACCAAGAGUCCUGCAUCAAACACUAGAAGACCUGAAGAUCGUAAUCUAGGUCCUAUGUUACCUCUCACAAAGGAAAUUCUACGAGAUUUCUAUCAGCCUUUCAACAUAAAACUGGCUCAAGUUCUUUCUGAUGAAGCUUUUUUAUGGAAAAAACCCUAAUCUGCUGAUUUCAAUGCCACAAAUAAAGUGCUUACAGAAAAAAAUUAAACACUCUUCCCCCCCCACCCCCGAUUAACA